AUGGAUACCAGUAUCUAUGAAGCCUGUAAUGACUUGGUGACCGAAUUUCACACCCACAAAGUAAGUCCCGAUGAGAUUCUAGCAACUAAAGUUAGUCACACAGUCCCAAUUCCUUUCAAAACUCGUGAAGAUCUUGAAAAAGACACCCAAGCGGAUAAAGACGAAGGUCUCUUCCAUGGAGAUAUUUUACCACGAAUAGAUCUUAAAGUACUGCAUUAUUUUGCUACACAACUGUGUUUGCAGAAAUAUCCUCAUUUGAUUAAUGCGAUGGAUGAAACAAGUAUGAUUACUUUGGGAUUACUAGUAGAACAAUGGAUAGAAGAAUAUUUAGUAAGUACCAAUGAAGAGUUAGAGACUGAUAAUGAAGAUGAUGUAGAAGAACAAUAUCUUCGCUCCAUUGGUGAAGCCUCUUCGGAACCACAAGAUGACAAACCAUCAAAGAAAAGAGUAUGCAUUGGAAAAGGUCCAUCUGAAGUCAUUGCUAGUAUUAUGAAUGGAACAAGUAACACGUCAAAUGUAUGA